AUGCGUGGAGUCGAAAUAAUGGCAUUCAAAUUGAUAAUCCUAGACCCCAAGCUCGUGACUUAUCUUAGCAAAGGCAGCGACUUGCUCAUCGUAAGACUCGUCCUAGUAUUCGGAAGAAACUAUCUUAAUAAACUCUUCUUCCUCCUUGUCAUAAUCUUCCCGAACACCAGCAUCAAAGCCAUAGAUGGAAACCAUCCACAGUCUGUCUGUCGUGUCACGUAUAUCAAAGUUGCCAAAAAUUGUGCGUUGCAGAAGUCGCUGUAG